AUGAAUUGUAUGAAUGCAUAUUGCCUUAACAUUUUUAGUUCCCCACAGAAGCAGAACUCAAUAGUGGAACGUGGUUUGGAUCUGAGGCUGCAGGCAUCAAAAGCCAAAUACUAUUUGAAAUGGGGCUCCAUUAAUGUCAUUCUCUUGGCCAUACUACUCUUUGAUAUAUCGAACAAGUGUCCAUAUGCCGAAUCGAAUUGGUAUUAUGUGGAAUAUGCAGCUGCUGGAUUGGUCGGAUUGAGUGUUUUGGCAUGUUUCUGCAAAUAUUUCCUAUACGUAUUUCAUACACAACCAGUGCAGGGGACACAACAGCAAAAAAAUCUUUUAAAAUUUGACGAUAAUGACAAUUCAUUUGUUACCAGUAAUCCAAAUAAAAAGAAACCAGUUGACCAGGAACGUAAUGAAGCUCCCAAUAAUACAAUUCUUAGUUGGCACUCCUCGUUCAAUGAAUCUCGUGGUCCCAACUCACCAAAUUGGAGCUAUAGUCGGACAACACCACCGCGACAAAGUCUAAGUCCUCAACCGCAACAGCACAAUGCCUCAUGGAAUUCAUCAAUGUACAAUAAUUCAACAAUGAAUGCCAGUACAGUUAGCAGUAAUUUGUCAUUUUCAUCGCCCUAUCAAAAAUACGAACGCGAUGAAUUAAUUACCGAUGAAGUUAGUUUGCAUCGAUAUCUGAAGGAUGUGUCUCGUAAAGAAUACAGCACAACGGAAAUUACGGAUAUAAAUCCAGCUUUUAAUGCGGGUUCAAUUAACUCAUUUUGGAACUAUUGCAAUUCUGCUGCAAAUCUUUUACGGACUUCGUUAUAUCAAUUGGCACCAUCACCAGCUCCAGCAACACAAAAUAAACAAACGUCCAAAGAAGAAGGUGGUCUUAAUAUCAUUGAUAGCAACUCGGAAGUCAUCAAGCGUAUUUCGUCAGAGAAACUUGCCCAAUAUGUGGGUAAUUUACGUACGUGGAUUUCGUUUACCAUAUUGCAACGUUUGACGAAGGAGAUGGAACACAUCGAUGUAUCAUUUAAACAGCGUGGCUUGCAUGAUAUGCAAAUUGGUAGCAUUGGCUUGGAACGGCUAAAGAAAACAGUCGAAAAUCAACAAUUUGUAACACAAUAUAUGCCAAUGUUGCCAAUGGUGGUGCCAUUUUUAGAAAUGUCAAGCAAUCAGGAAUAUUUGGUUCAGCGUAUAAAGGAUUUAGCAAGAGGUUCUUGCAUUGCUGACUAUCGUUGGAAUUCGGGAUCAGAAUAUCACGGCCUUAAGUGGGACGAACAUUUACCAACUGAUUCGGCGAUACUUUUCCAUUUGUUCUGUGUCUAUUUAGAUUCCCAACUUAUGCCCUUGCCUCAGGGCGGUGGUCGUCCUUUUUAUAGCCGCUAUGUUAUUAUUGGCGAAGAAAAACGUUCAGCCAAAGACACUGUGGCCAUGGUACAAAACAAGGCUCGUUGUGCCAUCCUCUGUUCGAAUCCUUUAAAGCCCAAAUUCAAUUUCAUCAGCGAUGGUGAAAUACACAAUUGUGCCUAUGACCGCAAUAAUCUCUUCUAUGUUAUUAUCCAAUUUCUGAUUUAUAUGCGCACACAUCAGGAAAGUUGUUUGGAGGGCGUUAAUCUUGGUAAGAGCGGCAUUAACAUAAUGUGUGUCAUCGAAGACUGA